CGUUUGGCAGCUCCGGGCGCCGGGGGGAGGAGGCGUUACGAGGAGGAAGCAAAUCCUUCACUCCGAGACUUCACAGCGAAGCUCGCCCAAAAACCCGACCUCACCUGAGCCGGGCAUGUAGUUCCUCGUGCUUAGGGCGUGGGGGUGGACGAGGAAAGCGCCGCGUGCACUUGUGUUUGUGGCGGGAGCGCCGCUGAGCCCAAACUUCCAUCAGGAGGAAUCACGGCGGUUCCGCCGCUCUCCGCCUCUCCAGGAGCGUUUCUCCUCCUCGGGAUGUACGUCUGGGACCCUUUCAGAGGAGCCGCUGUCAUUUGAGUUUUGUUUUUUUGGCAUUUUUUUCCUACACAUUUUUGAGGAAUAUCGCCGGAAACCGGAGCUGUUUUUUUUCCUGCGGGGCAGAUCCACGGCGCAAACCCAAAAAGGGAGUGAGGUUUUAUGUCAUCGGAGUUCGACAGGCCCGACACUGAAGACACACUGAAGAGACGAGAUGGAGUGGUGGUGGGCGUGGCCGCUCACGAUGGUCACUGUGGAAAUCGUUUUCCUCAGCCCCACCCUCGGUGGGAAUUCCGAGUUUCCCGUCAGAACCCUCAUCAAUAACGUCGUCUCCGAUCCUCGCACGGGCAGGCUCUACGUCGGCGCCGUCAACUCCCUCUAUCAGCUGAACUCUGACCUCGAAGUGGAGUUCGAAUCCAAAACGGGGCCCCAGAUUGACAACCGGCUGUGCACGCCGCCCGUCACCACCGCCUGCGAGGAGGCGAAGGACACAAACAAUCACAACAAGCUGCUGCUGGUUCACAGCGCCAAAGACAUUCUGGUGGUGUGUGGCAGCGUCUUCAGGGGCAUCUGCUCGCUGAGGAACCUCAGCAACAUCAACCAUGUCAUCUACUUUAGCGACAGCAACGGCGAAAAGUCCUAUGUGGCGAGCACGGAGGAGGGCCUGUCUGUGGUGGGAGUGAUGUCAUACUACAUGGUGGGGAAAACCCAGCUACCAGUCUUCCUGGUCGGUAAAGGCUACAGCAGCCACGACAGCACCAAGCUGAUUGCCACGCGAAUCCUGCAGGACUACAAGGACUGGGGGAUCUUUGACAGCAUCAUCGAGGCUUCGGCCGUCCAGGCCAACCCCUUUGUCAUGCGCUACCUGCACGACUUCCGCUUUGCCUUUACGGACAACAACUUUGUGUACUUCCUGUUCUCCCGGACUCUGGGCAUGCAGGACAUGAAGAUCUUCACUGUCAUUGCCAGGAUGUGCGAAGACGACCACAAUUAUUAUUCGUACACGGAGCUGCAGCUAAACUGCAGCGCCACCAACAAGUACAACAAAGCUCAGGCUGCCUUUGUAGGAGAACCUGGUCAAGUUUUGGCUAAAAAUCUGUCCAGCUCAGACCAAUACGGUAAAGUUUCAGCCCAGGACAAGGUGCUGUUCGUUACCUUCACUUCUGAUGAAGACCCCCACUCUUCAGCCAUGUGUAUGUACCCUCUUCAGGCCAUCAAUCAUCGGCUGGAGCAGCUGAUUGGAGCUUGUUACCUCAAAAACGGCCUCAUCAACGACAAAUCCGUGGUCUACUCGCCCUACGCAUCCAAGGAGCAGGAGCCCUGCGGCGUCCACCCUAAUUCUGACAAUUUCAAGUGUGGGGCUGAGUUUCUACCUUCACCGUUGGCCAGCAAGGCAGAGUUUGCCUUAUCAACCGAGCCGUCUGUGGUUCAUAAGGGUCGCAUGACAGCUGUGGCAGUUGCCGUGGAGAUGGGGCACGCUGUGGCGUUUCUGGGGACCGCCACUGGAAAGGUGCUGAAGGUUCAUCUGUCAGCUUCCUCCAGGGGGCACGAGCAGGAGCUCGGAGAAGUCACAGGAGACGAGGUCAACAAGAACCUGCUGUUCGAUUCCAGCCGCGAACACCUGUUCAUCACCACCAGCAAUAAGAUCAGCAAAGUUCCCGUCCAAGCCUGCCACCUGAAGACCACCUGCCAGGACUGCGUCUCCAUGAAGGACCCGUACUGUGGGUGGUGUGUCCUGGAGGGAAAGUGCAGCCAAAAGAAGGACUGUGGAAGGUCGACGGAGAGAAACACCUGGCUCUGGUCUCCAGAUCAGAAGUGUGUUGAGAUCGAGACGUUCGAGCCGCCGAACCUGAGCUGCAGGAAGACCCAGCAGGUUGUGAUCACCAUCCCCGCCCUCCCCGCUCUGAGGGAUCAGGACGAGCUGGAGUGCUCCUUCCAAUGCUCACAGUGCUCCUCUGGCUCCUUCGACACUCGGGCCCAGCUGAUCCGGUACUCUUCCACUCAGGUGGCCUGCUCGCUGCCCAAUCUUGAGGUCAUCCCGCCAACCCCUGGAGACCGGGACUUUGUGUCCGUCCCGCUCAAGAUCCGAGUGAACAAAACCACGGAAGUGACGUCUGGAAAGUUUCACUUCUACAACUGCGCCGCCACAGUCAGGAGCAACGAGAACACGCCGUGCAUUACAUGUGUGACGAGUCAGUGGGGCUGCCAGUGGGACGCACAGGAUCACGUGUGCAGCGACAGAGAUGACUCUGUGAGCGGGUGGAACAUCAUCAAACCGCAGCAGCCGGAAAACUGUCCCCAGUUUGAGUCUCCGAAGCCGCUGCUGAUCCCCGUGGGUUCCGCCAUCCCCAUCAGCUUCCAUGGAAAGAACCUGGACAUCUACGAUGGCCAGAGCUUCUCCAUCGGGACUGAGCUGCUGAUGCCCGAUGAGCAAGAGGUCAUCAAAGAAGAAGGCUCAAAGUUUAAGUUUAACGGUUAUCAGUUUUCUUACGACGAGCAGCAGGAAGUGAACGUGUCCUUCCACAUCAAAGACAACGACAAUCACAAGAUCGACAGCACCCUGACAGUGGUGUUGUAUAACUGCGCGGUGGGCCGGGAGGACUGCAGCCUGUGUAAACACGCCGACGCCAAGUACAACUGUGUGUGGUGCGCCGAACAGAACCGCUGCGUGUACCGCAACCUCUGCCCGGCGCUGGAGCCGGAGUCGUCACAAUGCCCCGACCCCAAGAUCGUUGAUAUCAUCCCCCGUUUCGGCCCCAUGAACGGCCGCAUCGCCGUGACCAUCAAGGGCUCCAACAUGGGGGUAAGGAAGCAGGACAUAAAGAGGAUCACAGUGGCCGGAGUGGACUGCAUCCACCUGGAGGACAGAUACUCCGUCUCCACCAGUGUGGUGUGCGAGAUCGGCCCCGCCAGGUCGGCUCCGCCCUCCGACAUCCCAGUGGAACAAAGAACCAGUGGGGUGGUGGAGGUGGAGGUGGCCGGAGGGAAAAAAGGAACUUCACAGGUGGUGUUUACAUACCGGGACCCCAAACCGACCACCAUCCUGCCAACCAAGGGUCCUGCCGCUGGAGGAACCGUGAUCACCAUCAGAGGAGAGAAUUUGGACACGGCCACCAAGGAGGACGUCGCCGUCAGUGUUGGGAACGUUCCCUGUGAAGUCCUGUCGUUUGGUACAGAGAUCACCUGUAAGACGGGCAAGUAUCUGGGGCAGAAGGUGCCGACAGACCCGCUGCUGGUGACGGUGAAGUACGGCAGGAAUACCACCAAAGACGUGAGGGAGGCCUUCCAGUACUGCGAAAACCCUAAAAUCAGCUCCUACAAACCGAAGAGCAGCUUCAUGUGUGGUGGACGGAAUAUCACGGUGAAAGGGAUCGGGUUUGAUUUGAUCCAGUUGGCCAUGAUGAAGGUGAAGGUCACUGUGGACGAGCCGUCAGACGCACCGGCUGUGGAGUUUGUCCAGCGGGUGCAGCAUAAGAACGACACCACCCUGGAGUUCUUCUCCCCAGCGGUGAACUGCUGCUCCAGUAGCCAGUCUCUCCAGACCUUCAUCCAGCUGGACAACAUGGAAGAGGAGCUCAGGAGCUUUGACUAUCACACCAACCCCACCUUCAACAAGCUGGAGAAGAAUAUGAUCACAGAUACCAGAUUUGUCAUCGUCAACGGUCGAGGUUUCUUGAAGGCGAUGACGCAGGAGGAGGCCAAGGCGUUCAUCGAAGACGUCCCCUGUCGAGUUAACGUGAUGCAGGAUGACACACUGAUGCUGGAAGCUCCUCAGUCGCAGCCAAAGUCCAAAAACCAGCUCAGAAACUCCACCAAUGACAUGCUGGAGCUGAAGGUGAAGUUUGGUUGGGGCACAUGGAUGGUGGGGCACGUCUACUACCAGGGGGGAAAGGAGGACAUUCCUUUGGCCAUCAUCAUCCCCGCAGUCAUCGUUCCCAUGCUGCUCUUCAUCGUCAUGUCCGUCUACUGCUACAGGAGGAAGAGCCAGCAGGCGGAGCGCGAGUACGAGAAGGUGAGGCACCAGCUGGAGAGCCUGGAGGAGAGCGUUCGAGACCGCUGCAAGAAGGAGUUCACAGACCUGAUGAUUGAAAUGGAGGACCACACCAGUGAGCUGAGCGAAGGCAGGAUCCCCUUCCUGGACUACAAAACCUACACGGACAGAAACUUUUUCUGGCCGUCCAAAGACAGCUCCAACGACCCCAUGAUCACAGGAAACAUACCGGUCCCAGAAGCCCGCAAGGCCACGGUGAACCAGGCGCUCACUCAGUUCUCCAACCUGCUGAACAGCAAAACGUUCCUCAUCAAUUUUAUUCGCACGUUGGAGAGCCGCCCGGACUUCAACGCACGUGCUCGGGGUUAUUUCGCCUCCCUCCUGACGGUGGCGCUGCACGGCAAACUGGAGUAUUACACGGACAUCAUGAGAACGCUUCUGCUGGAGCUGAUGGACGAGCACGUGCAGAGCAAGAACCCCAAACUGAUGCUCAGGAGGUCAGAGACGGUGGUGGAGAGGAUGCUGUGCAACUGGAUGUCCAUCUGCUUGUACCAGUUCCUCAGGGACUCGGCUGGAGAGCCUUUGUACAAACUCUUUAGGGCCUUGAAGCACCAGGUGGAGAAGGGACCGGUGGACGCCAAGAUGAAGAAAGCCAAGUACACACUGAACGACACGGGGCUGCUGGGAGACGACGUGGAGUAUUCUGUCCUGAAUCUGCAGGUGUUGGUUCAUGGAGAAGGACCGGAUGUCACUCCGGUGAAGGUGCUGAACUGUGACACCAUCACGCAGGUGAAAGAAAAGAUCCUGGAUCAGGUCUACAGGAACCAGCCGUACUCACAGAGACCAAAGCUGGAGAGUGUUGCACUGGAGUGGCGUCCUGGAUCUACGGGGCAGAUCCUGUCCGACCUGGACCUCACGUCGCAGAAAGAAGGUCGCUGGAAGAGAAUCAACACGCUGGCUCAUUACAACGUUCGGGACAACGCCACGGUGGUUCUGUCCACGGUGAUGCACACGCAGUCGUUCCACCAGCACCAGGACAGCCACGAUGAGAAAAACGCGCUGCUGGAGGACGACGACAACACCUUCCACUUAGUGCGGCCGACGGAAGAAAUGGAUGAGGUGAAGUCGAAGAGAGGCAGCAUGAAGGACAAGGCCAUGACCAAAGCCAUCACUGAGCUCUACCUGACCCGUCUGCUGUCUGUCAAGGGCACGCUGCAGCAGUUUGUGGAUAAUUUCUUCAGUAGCGUGUUGGGUUCGGGCUCUGCUCUUCCUCCGGCCAUCAAAUACUUCUUUGACUUCCUGGACGAACAAGGACAGAGACACGACAACGUAGACGAGGAGACGCUGCACAUCUGGAAGACCAACAGUUUGCCACUGCGAUUUUGGGUGAACAUCCUGAGGAACCCGCACUUUAUCUUGGAUGUUCACGUGACGGAGGUGGUGGACGCCUCGCUGCACGUCAUCGCGCAGACCUUCAUGGACGCCUGCACCAAGACUGAGCACAAACUCACCCGGGAGUCUCCCAGCAACAAGCUUCUCUAUGCAAAAGAGAUUUCCUCCUACAAGAGGAUGGUGGACGAUUACUACAAAAACAUCAGGGAGUUGAUUCCUGUCAGUGACCAGGACAUGAACACACACCUCGCCGAGGUUUCCAGGCAACACACAGGCAAGCUGAACACGCAGGCCGCCUUACAUCAGCUGUACCACUACGCCAGCAAGUACUACGAUGUGAUCAUUCAGUCUCUGGACGAAGACCCGGCCGCCCAGAAUAAGCAGCUCACGCUGCGCCUGCAGCAGAUCGCCGCCGCCCUGGAGAACAAAGUCACUGACCUCUGACCUCACGGGGAGGGCAGGGCGAGCAGUUGAAAUCCAGACGAGGACUCUAUGGGCAGCGGGCUGGCGGACUCUUCAAGUGUUAAGAGCUGCCGGAAUCGGCAGAGAAAGCCACACCCACUUUUGGAUUUGCCGCCUCCUGGACUUUAUUUGUUUUUCUGCUCAUCUGGACGUGGAAAAAUGAGCCUCUCCUCUUUUUUUUUUUUGGUACUCCGCCUUUUAUUUUGAGGACUGCAUUGGAAAAGCGGCCGUUGACGUCUGUGGAUUCAGGAAGGCUCCGCCUCCAAUUUUUCUCCUCUGAGCCCCUCCCCCUAAAUAUAAAGCAGGAAUUCAGUCUUUUGUGAGGAACGAGGCCUGGAUCAGACUUAAUGACAGGAAGUAAGCGGUACGUUGGGGCGCUGCACCACAGCGCCCUCUGAUGGCAGAAGAGCGUCCAGCUCAGGGUACGAUCCCUUCAGAUAAGACAGAAUCCUGUAGCUCUCCUCCUCUUCCUCCUCCUCCUCUCUGCUCCUCUGUGGGUGGGACGUAAAUGCCUCGUUCUGGAAAAUAGUUUCUGCAGAAUCCAUGGUCCAAACGGCCAAACUUCUUUGUGUUUUGUUGGUUUGAAAUCUGUGCCAUGACUCUGCUUCCCAAAAACCCUGACAGCUGUUUUCCUUGACUUCAUCUACAGAAGCGUUCUGAUGUCAGCUGGUCGUUCUCUGCAGACGCACAAGUUCAAAAAUGUUUGUUCUGUAUGGAAGAUCUGAGACGCCAGAAACGUUCUAAUUAAACAUGGCAUUAAUUAAUUAAAAAUUCAUGGGGAAAAUAAAACGAUCACAAAUUUAAAAAAACAAACAGGCAUUUAUAUAAAUGUUAAUCUGAGAUUUAGAGGCACAAUAAUCCAUCAGGUUUUACAUGUUCAUUCAUAACUUCAAUUUUUAGCUGUAAAUUUGCACAAAAUCUGAAAUAUUUGCAUUUGUUUUGGGGUUUUUUGUUUUGUUUUUGUUUAUUUUCAUCAGUCUAAAGUUGCUCAGAAGGCGAUGUAAAUAUAAAUAUUUAAUUUUCCUUUUUUUUUUCUAUUUCCAAACAAAGAAGUAAAGAAUUUCACAUUGCUGUGAAAAUUCAGAUAUUUUUCCACAAAAAUCUUUUCUGUUCUGAUUGGUUAGCGCAGAUUGGAUUAGGCCACUCCCAUUUCCUUCAGAUGUUCAGCUUCAAUUAAAAAAAAACAAAUUUAAUUUGAAAGAUCAGCUCAGAAACUUUAUUUAAAGUAAAAAAAAAACUGGAAAAAUGUUGAUAAAAUUCAUAAAUCACUGUAAAAAUAGCAGAUAUUGAUGGAAAAUGUUUAUUUAGAGACCUAAAAACUGUCAUUUGGCAAAAAUAUUCCAGGAGUUUGCAUAAAACUUUUCUUCAGUGUUUUAUAAAUCGAAAACCAAGGAUUUUCUUAAAGAGGUCAUGAGUCUCUCAGAAUAACAAAUGUAUAUUUUUCAGAUUCAAACAAGAAAAGUUUCUUUUGUGUUUGCCAUGGAUCUGCAGAAACAUUUAAAAAUCUUCCAUCUUCAGCUAAAUCGACUCGUCCUAAACCCAGACGGUGUGCUGCACGCCACCGGACCGGUUCCUCUUUUAACUUUAACCUGAUGGUUUUUUCCGUUUUUAAAACCACUUUGGUGCCAAACGAUUUCUUUACAGCCGCAUGUUUGUGGCCAAAAACCAAGUGAAGCCAACGAUUGAAUAAUCUGGAGCUACGUUGGUGAGAAACCGAUCAAAUGUGAAGCUUUUAGGGUCGCCACAAAGCUGUCGAUGUUUUCCCUCGAAAUAGCAAAUGUAAACGUUAAAUAUGAGCUGGCUAGAAUGUUUCUCUUCUCCACCGACUCUUUCUUCCUUCUGCCUUCUCUUCUCCACCAGAGAGUGCCUUAAAGAGUUCAGGUCGGACAGAACGGAGGGAAUCGGAUAUUUUAUUUUUUCAAGUUGGCAGAUCUUCUGCAGCUGUUUCCAGGAAACUUCAGAUGUGUUCAGACUGGUCAGCAGGGGGCGGUAACGCCUCGGUUUGAGGCCAGGAAGAUCCAGAGACGAUCGGAAAAAGCAGCGACUUUAAUGGAAGAGAGAGAAAAAAAAAAACAACAACAACCAAACUUCUCCCAUGCUGUGAAGAAUUCCUCACGUUUCAUAUUCAGAAAUAGAAUCAGCUGAUGUGUCGUCACUUUUGCUUUUGUGCCACAAAAAAAGAAAAAAAGAAAGAUUUAGAGUUUGGGGUUCAUCCUGUCAGAUGAAAAUAAUUUCCAUUUCCAGAUGUGUCAUUUUCAGCAGCCGCUCUAGAAGUUUGGAAAAAGUGGUGCGAAGUUUGUGAAAACUGCCUGAAGAAUCGGCUGUUUCUACCUUUGAAGAUCACAAAACUGAGGAACGUUGUGGGGUUUUUUGGGCACUUUUUUAGCCAACAGCACCACCUUCUGGUGAGAUUUUGCAAACAGUUUUACCACAGAUGCACAUUUAAGUUCACUAAAACAAUCGUAGCGCACAUGGCAGACGUCUGAAGGCUUUCUCCUUCGUUGUGGUUCGACCCUAGAGUUGUGUAUCUUUGUGCAUCCGUCACCAUGCCUGUGUUUUGUGUGUUUGAGCCGCGGCGACGGAACGAUCGAGCGGCCGUUUGUUUGGACGAUGUGAAGGCGAAGUGUCUGUUCCGAGUGAAGCAAACGUAUGAAUGUUCCUGCCGCCGUGUGAGAGUGCGGAGCUCAAAUCUUCUCGUAAGCUGAUUGUAGGAGACCAACGGUUUGAAGGACCAUGUUUAAACGACGCGGCGGCCUGUGGGCGGAGCUGGACCGAAGCCCAAGUCUGUGACUCUUCUGAGGAAGUGGAGAAGUGGGCGGAAAAUCCAGAUCUAGGAAUCCAAAUAUCCAUUAAAGAAGUUUAUAUGAAAA